UUUUUUCCCGGUUAGCCGAUAGGAUAGGGCACACACACUCUCUCUCUCUCUCCCGAUAGGAUAGCACUCUCUCCCUCCCGUCCCAGGCUCCAUUUCUACGUGACUCGAGCCGAGUCGAGCUGUACCAAUUUGUUUCCCAUUUCCCCAUCCCAAGAACCAACCCCAGAAACCAGGGGCAGGCACGUACCAAGAACAACCCACGGCCACCUCCCCCUGCACAUUGCACAAACCUCGGUGAGAGAGAGAGAGAGAGAGAGAGGAGAGAGCCCAAUUCCCCAAUCCCACCCCACCGGAACGGCAAUUCGGUAUCUUCCUUUCUCGCGCGUAGGCGUAGCGCGGCGAGUGUGAGCUCUUCAUUCUCGGGUUCGUUCGUGUGCGGGUAGCCAGAUUUCCGUUGGGAGCUGUCCACCUCGCGUUCUUGGAUCGGGUCACCGGCGCCGCGGAAAAAGCUGUCUCAUUUGUGGGUGCCAAGCUAGCUUUGAUCCGGCGUCGCACACCUGUGGUGGUUCUUAUCCGGAAGGCAUCCGAGGAGGGGACGGGGGCCACGAGCGGCACGUGACGAGCGGUUGGCGAUGGAGACGAUGAAAGCGAGAAAGCGCACCGGCGAGCCGAGGUUUACAUAAGGAGGAGGCGGGGAUCCCGUGGCGUGGCGCGGAGAGGGAGAGGGAGGGAGAGGAGAUCUGUGUUCUUGAGUUGUUGAGUGAGAGAUACAGAGAGAUCGAGGAAUGGGCACCGCGGUGGAGGCGGCGGCGUUCGGGUCGGUGGACGGGGUGGUUGGGGAGAUCAUGCGGCUGCACCGGUCGCUGCCGGCGCGACCGGCGCUGGAGGAGGUGGAGGCCGCGGAUGCGCUGGCGCGCGUCGCGGACAGGGAGGAGCGGGCGCGCCUCGACGCCGUAGCGCGCCUGCGCAGGCCGGCCGCCGUGCCCGACGAGCUCUUCGGCAUCGCGCUGGAGAUGCACCGCGCGCUCGCCAGCUUCGACUGCCGGGAGCAGAAGCGCGACGCCACGCGGCUCCUUGAGCUCGACGCGCUCCACGCCCUCUUCGACGACCUCAUCCAGCGCGCGUCGCAGUGCGUUCCCUCUAGCUCAUCCCGCGCCGCGCCGCGCAUCACUUCCGCCUCCUCCGCUGCAGCCACCUCUGCCGCGUCCUCAUCCUCCGCCUCAUCGUCGGCGGUGGCUGCGGACAGCAACACCGAGCGUUACUCGUCCAUGGGCACUAAUGGGUUCAGUGCGGAGAGGACGGUGGUGACGAGCACAGGGCGCGUCUCCAUGGAUGACAGCUACGUCAAGAAGGCCAAGGCGGCGAUAUGGGAUGACGGGGUUGUGACAGCGAGAUCUCAUAUGCUCCGAGGAGCCGUUGCAGCAAACUCCGUGGCGGUUCGAGUGGAUGGCGGUUAUGGAGACGACAAGGAAAAGCUGAGCCUCAUUAAGCUAGCUAGCAUGAUUGAAGUGGCUGCAAAGAAAGGUGCUCGGGAUCUCAAUCUCCAAGGCAAACUCAUGAACCAGAUCGAGUGGGUGCCUGAUUCAAUUGGAAAGCUCACUGGACUUGUUACCCUUGAUAUUUCGGAGAAUCGGAUCUUGGCUUUACCGGAAGCAAUUGGGAGGCUUUCUUCUUUGACCAAGCUGGACCUUCAUGCUAAUCGAAUUACUCAGCUCCCUGAUUCUAUUGGGGAUCUUUGCAACUUGAUAUAUCUCGACCUGAGGGGUAAUCAGCUUACAUCAUUGCCCUCUGGUCUUGGCAGGCUGGUAAAUCUUGAGGAGCUGGAUGUGAGUGCAAACCAUCUUACCUCACUCCCUGAUUCAAUUGGAAGCCUUACACGUUUGAAGAAGUUAAUCGCCGAUACAAACAACCUUGAUGAGUUGCCGUACACUAUUGGUCAUUGUGUCUCACUGGUAGAAUUGCGGGCUGGUUAUAAUCACCUCAAGGCCCUUCCAGAGGCUGUCGGAAAGCUAGAGUCUCUGGAGAUUCUCUCUGUGCGAUACAACAGUAUCAGGGGACUUCCGACAACAAUGGCAUCUCUCACUAAGCUGAAGGAGGUUGAUGCAAGCUUCAACGAGCUUGAGUCUAUUCCUGAGAACUUUUGCUUUGUCACUUCUCUUGUUAAACUGAAUGUUGGGAACAAUUUUGCUGACCUGCAAUCUCUGCCUCGUUCUAUUGGCAACCUUGAGAUGCUGGAAGAGUUGGAUAUAAGCAAUAAUCAGAUUAGGGUUCUUCCAGAUUCUUUUGGAAACCUGCAGCGCCUUCGUGUGCUUCGUGCAGAAGAGAACCCUCUACAAGUGCCGCCAAGGGACAUAGCUUUAAAGGGAGCUCAGGCAGCUGUUCAAUACAUGACUGACCAUGUCGCCAAGAAAGCCACAAGGUCACAACCAAUAAGGGCAAAGAAGACUUGGGCUCAGUUCUGCUUUUUCUCCAGGCCUAACAAAAGAAAGCAUGACCGGAUAGACAGUGAGACAUGAUUUAUUGGGAGCUAGGUGAGAUUAAACAGCUAUGUUCAUCCUUAGCUUCUGCAGAAGAAAAAAUGUGUGCAUCCUCUUCAAUUGCUUGCCAUUGUGAGUACGGGUCAACAAAGAUGUGAUGGCCCAUAGCAUGCCCGUCCACAAUGAUGCAGGUUUCUUUUAUAGAACCAAGAUGGUUAGGUUUCAUCAAACCUAGUCACUCUCCUUUCCACCAGGCAAACUUUACUUUGAAUAACACUCUGAAGACCCCUACUUCAGCUAAAGAAUCGAGAAGUUGUGUAAUCACUUGGCGCUUGGCUUUUCAUAUGGUUGAGGCUGCUCGGUAAAGAGAACUAGACUGCUAAAGUUCGUUAGUGCAACUUGUCUAUAUGAAAAUAUAGAUGCAUCCAUUGAAACUAAGAAGUUUGUUAUUUAUAGAAUUUGUAACAACGCUUUUGGAGAUCAGUUUUUUUUUUCUUUGACCAAGUGUUCUUAAUUGCAAGACACAGAAAUCUGCAGGAUACCAGAUGGUGCUUUGCGUAGCUUAACUUUAUGUCCGUGACUCGAAGAUUGUUGGAUUGAAUAGGAGUGCAGUCAAAUCUUAAGGAUAUGUUGGUCUAACUUUAUUAGCUCCCUUUUGAAAUUCUUACCGUUCAAUGUAUUCUGGGCACUUUUUCUUGUAACUUAUAUUUGAGUUUACCAUCUUGCUGGUGACAUUCGGAAAACACAAACAUUUUGCAUGUCUUGUUUCA